UUCUUUGGACAAAGUUAAUUCACGUCUUCCAUAAGUAAUUUACUCUUCUUUUUUUUGUCCAAAGAUAUUGUCUUCACAAAAGAAGGAACAAAAAAAGCUAACCUUAAAUUCAAGAAAUAUGUCGAAGAGAGAUGAGAAACAAGAGUUGCCACUAGAAACCAGUCCGUACACAAAGUAUGAGGAUAUAGAAGAUUACAAGAAGAACGCUUAUGGGACUUCUGGUCACCAAGAUGUUAAGCCUGGCCAAGGCGGCGGCACAACCGACGCACCGACCCUGUCCGGUAGUGGUGCUCCCUCCGCCAUAGAUUCCGCUAAUCAACAAGCUAAGAAGUGAACCACUCAUUAUUCAUAAACUUAAUCAAAUAUCAAAACAAAACGUUUCUCUUUUUUUUUUUGAAAAAGGGUUGAAAAUGUUUUUGUUUCUUCUAUUUUCAAUUAAUGGAACUCUCCCAUUGUGAUUUUUUGACGCUUU